GAGCUGAGACGCCAUUACAGGAUGUAGGAUCUCUACCAUAAAUACAAGAAAUUCACAAAACAAAGGACUGUAUUCUGUAAAUCAAAGGGACACAAUCAGUGAGUCUUGUUGUUAAAGGACUUUUCAAAUGUCAGGAAAUGGCAGAGAAACUUGCUCUUGUUGAAAGUUUCCUGAGUUGCAACGUGUGUUCAGAGACUUUCAGAGAUCCUGUGUCUCUGAGCUGCAACCACAGCUUCUGUUCAAGCUGUCUGCAACAAUUCUGGGAACAAACUGGAAACAAAAACUGUCCCAUUUGUAAGAGAAAAUCCUCAAAAGCUAACUUGGCAGUGAACUUUUCACUGAAGGAACUUGCUGACUCCUUUGCUGGGAGACAGAAAUCUGGAUCAUCUGAGACAGAACAAGCAGAGAAGAAGGUGGAGGUGGUGUGUAGUAAACAUCAGGAAGAGUCUAAAUUAUUCUGUGAGGACGAGCAGAGAGCUUUGUGUUCUGUCUGUGAGUUUUCUCUCCAUCAGAGUCACAGGGUGGUUCCUAUAGAACAAGCAGUCAGUGACCUGAAGGAGCAGCUGAAAUGUGACUUAAAGUCUCUACAGGACAAGAGGGACAAAUACAAACAAGUGGAGGAGACAUACAAUGAAGUGAUUCAACACUCCAAGAAGCAGCUGCUGUCCACAGAGAAGCAGAUCAGAGCAGAGUUCAACAAGCUCCACCAGUUCCUGAAGGAGGAAGAGGAGUCCAGACUGGCAGCUCUGAGGGAGGAAGAGGAGCAGAAGAGGAAGACUAUCAGCAGAGAGAUGAAGAUGAUUCAGGAGCAGAUCUCCUCUCUGUCAGACAGCAUCUCUGCUGUUGAAGAAGACCUGCAGAAACACAACAUGACGUUCCUCAGCAGUUAUAAAGCCACUCAGUCCAGAGCCAGAGUCCAGUGCUCACUGUCAGAUCCACAGCUGGUCUCAGGAGCGCUCAUAGAUGUGGCCAAACACCUGGGAAACCUGUCCUUCAGAGUCUGGGACAAGAUGAAGGACAAGGUCCACUUCAGUCCUGUCAUUCUGGACCCAAACACUGCAAACCGCUGGCUCCAUUUGUCUGAUGAUCUGACCAGUGUGAGACAUGGAGACACAAGCCAGCAGCUUCCUGACAAUCCAGAGAGGAACACUAAGUAUACAAAUGUUCUGGGCUCUGAGGGCUUCAGCUCAGGGAAACACAGCUGGGAGGUGGAGGUGGGAGAUCAUCCUGUCUGGAAUGUAGGUUUGGUUAAAGAGUCAGUCGAGAGGAAAAGUGGGGCAUCUGCUUUACCAAAAUAUGGAUUCUGGUGUUUGUUACAUCGCAGUGGAGAAUACACUGAUGUUGCUGGUAAGCCUGUUGGAGUGAAGAAGAGUCUCCAGAGGAUCAGAGUCCAGCUGGACUAUGACAGGGGGGAGGUGUCCUUCUACGACCCCGAAGACAUGAUUCACAUCUGCACUCACGGAGACACUUUCACUGAGAAACUUUUCCCAUAUUUCUGUGUUGGAGAGUCUGGAGAUGCUAAAACUACUGAGAUCAAAAUCUGUCACUGAUGUUUCUCAGUGAUGUGCAGAGAGUUCUGUAGAUGUCGAGAGCUGGGUGUGGUGACCUACUUUCCCGUCCUGCCUCUCCAGCCGUGCACCUGCCGUUCAUCACCUCCAAUCAGCUCCACCCCAAACUCCUGUAUAAGGAUCUAGUUCAGGCUUACACACAUGCACACACGCACACACACACACAUGCAGACACAGUGACAGAGGGAAAAGACAAAAUGAGGACAGAUAGAAACAACAGACAGGAGAAAACAGAGGAUAACACAAUGACCGACAGGGAACUGCAGAACUCGAACAGAAACUUGAACAGGUUCAUCGAAUAUGAACUCCUGCAACCACCUCUAUUAUCAUUUAAUCUGUGGAGUUUUUAGCCAUGAAAUAUCAGAAAUCCCAACAUUUGAGCAAAUGUGUAGAGUUGAUUUGAACACUUAAUAACUGUUAAAUUGGCAUCAAUUAUAGCUGUUAAUUUAACAACUUCACCACAUUCCACAUCAGGAAGAAGUCUGCUGUUUAGUGUGUUUAAAAUGCUGACUGCAAAGCCCUGACCCUGUCUUUGAGUCGUGGAUGCUGAAUUUUAAAAGGUUGCCAGCAUUGGUUACUUUAACCUUGUGCUCUAACGUUAAUCUUUAUUUUUAUGAUUUCAUAACAGCAUUUAUUUAUUAAUUAUUAAUAUUUACUAAUGCAUAGCUGCUGUUUGUGUUUAUGCUAACUGGCAAACAACCCAUCAGUUCAUCAGUCUAUGGUGAAUGAAUUUCAGG